AUGUACAUAACGAAUCUGGUCCUGAAGUGGAUUCGCGACAGGGGCGGAGUAGAUGUGAUUUUUGAGAUGAACAAGACAAAGGCUGGAAUGCUGUACGAUGUCAUUGAUAGCUCGGAUGGGUUUUAUACCUGUCCUGUAGAUAAAAAAUGCCGCAGUUAUAUGAAUAUCUGUUUCUGUAUCCAAGGAGGAAAUGAGGCUUUAGAAGCUGAAUUUCUAAAGGGAGCCGCUGAUAGAGGAAUGAUCUCUCUGAAAGGACACAGAUCUGUGGGUGGUAUUCGAGCGUCCCUCUACAAUGCGGUCACAGUGGAAGAGACAGCGAUUCUCGUCGACUGGAUGCAGGAAUUCAUGGCCUCGCAAGCAGCCUAA